AUGCAUGUAUUCAAUUCCAGGGUUGUUUGGGCGUCUCUUAUAUUAUGGUUUCAACAUGUUCUGGUCUGUGAGUGUGUCCCGCUGCCAGACUCAGAACCCCCGAUGCAUGGAGCAGUCCAGUCCCCCCAGUAUCCACAGCCCUAUCCCCCCAACCUCCAGAAGCAGUGGGAGCUUAGUGUGCCAGAGGGCUUCCAGAUCAGCCUGACCUUCACACACCUGGACAUCGAGGCCUCUACAGGCUGCUACUACGAUUCAAUUACUGUUCUAUAUGAUGAAAAGCUGCUCGGAAAGUUCUGUGGCAACGAGAACUCUGCUGAUGGAAAUCACCCCGGUUACCAGCCCAUUUUAUCUCCAGGAAACAGACUCACUCUGAUAUUCCAGUCAGAUGAGUACAAUCCGGAUCUUCACCAGAAUGUGGGAUUCUCCGCUCAAUACCAAGCAAUAGACAUAGAUGAAUGCUCUGCACCAGAACCUUUGGAUGGAUCGGGUCCGCUCUGCUCUCAGAUCUGCCUCAACACACUGGGAUCCUAUCUGUGUGCCUGUCACCAUGGCUACGAGCUGCGUUCAGACCAGCGUACCUGCGCCUUAUCCUGUAGCAGCGGAGUAUUUGAUGAAGUAGAAGGGCACCUGUUUAGUCCAGGUUACCCGAACCCCUCGCCACAUGCUUUGUCUUGUCAGUACAUUAUAUCAGUGGAGCCUGGCUUCUCUGUCUCUCUUAACUUCUCGGAUAAGUUUCACAUUGAGAGUGUGGACACGGAGGAAGGCCCAAACUGUCUCCAUCACUGGCUGGAGGUGAGCAUCCCUAACAGAGAGUCUAUGAGGCUGUGUGGGGGGAGAAGCCCAGGACUGAUUAACACAAACUCCAACACUGUCACGCUGAACUACCACAUUGAUGAUCAGGGCCGAAGCAAUGGAUGGAGCCUGGACUACAGCACAUCCAGAGUAAAGUGUCCAGUUCCUGGUAAAGUAGCUCGAGGAAAGGUCACUCCUUCCUUAACUGAAUACUUCUACAGAGAUCCUAUCUAUGUGCGCUGUGAACAAGGAUACAAACUAAUGGCGAAUGGUCAGGAGAUAGAGAGCUUCUCUGCUGUGUGCCAAAGUAACGGAGAUUGGCACCUCCCACUGCCAGAAUGCCACAUUAUUGAUUGUGGAGAACCUGAGCCUCUGUUAAAUGGGGGAGUAACUUUCCUGUCUGGCUUCCAGAAUCAGUAUCUGUCUAAAGUUCAGUAUCACUGCAAUGAACCAUUUUAUUCUCCAUUUGGUGGCAGUAAUGUUACACUCAUCUGUGAGGCAGAUCGACAGUGGAGGUCCAACCAAGAGGUUAUUUUAAAACCAGUAUGCCUACCAGUUUGUGGUCGACCAACAAAGCACUUUAAUAACUAUCAGAGAAUCAUUGGAGGAGAUGAUGCUCCAGAGGACACUAUUCCCUGGCAAGCUCUAAUAAGUUCAACAUCAGGCGAUGGGGGGGCUAUGAUCAUAGCUGAUCGCUGGAUUUUGACUGCAGCUCAUGUGGUUGUAACUAAAGGAGAAGUAGCAACACCUGAGUCUAUAAAUAUUUACAUUGGACAUACUGAUGUUGGCCUGCUUAGAAAAACACCUUCACUAAAUGUGACUGCAAUCCAUGUUCAUCCUGAAUACCAUAACCUGAACCAAUUAAACUUUGACAAUGAUAUUGCACUGAUACAAGUGCAAGACCCAGUCACCUUCAAAGCAUCAAUAAUGCCUCUGUGUUUGCCAGCAAAAGAUGAUGAAUAUGAGGAUACAAUAAUAGGGAUGGUUUCUGGGUUUGGGGUUACAUACAAAAACAACAGUCAGUAUCAAACAAAAAAGCUGAAGUACGUGCAUAUUCCAGUGGCGUCUCAGGAGGUAUGCAGCAAUUCUUUGAAGGGACGGUCCAAUGCACCAAUACUGACAGACAACAUGUUCUGUGCUGGAACUCCUAAAGGUGGGAAAGACUCUUGCCAAGGUGACAGUGGGGGUGCCUUCACUCUACAAUCUGCAGAUGGUCGAUUCUGGGCUGCAGGGAUUGUCAGCUGGGGGCUUAAAUGUGGAAGGGAAGGAACUUAUGGAUUUUAUACCAAAGUAGCAAACUAUGUAGACUGGAUUAACAAGAUCAUGCAGGAGAACUAAAAAAAAAAAAGCAAUAACAGUUAAAGCUAUUUGUAAGAUAUAAGCAAAACAACAU